CUUUCUCCCUUAUAAUGAAAGAACAAAUUGCAAUUGCCGGGAGUAAGUCGGGAGGAGGAGAUGCAAAUCAUGCAAUCUAGGAAUUGACGCAGUCAGUCGGUGAAGAAGAAAUCUAACCAGUACUAUAUAAUUUCUCUAUCCGAAGCUGCAUCAAUGUCAGGAACUGAUAACUUGCUCUCAAAGAAAGUAGCCGAUCGGUAUCUCAAACGUGAGGUGCUUGGAGAAGGAACUUAUGGUGUUGUUUACAAGGCGAUCGACACUAAGACAGGUCAGACAGUUGCAAUUAAGAAAAUCCGACUUGGGAAGCAGAAGGAAGGUGUGAAUUUUACAGCUCUGAGAGAAAUCAAAUUGCUUAAGGAGAUGAAAGAUCCGAAUAUAAUAGAACUGAGUGAUGCAUUCCCUUAUAAAGAAAAUCUGCACCUUGUGUUUGAGUUCAUGCAAACGGAUCUAGAAGCUGUUAUCCGUGAUAGAAAUAUCGUUCUUUCACCAGCAGAUACAAAAUCAUACAUUCAGAUGACAUUGAAGGGGCUUGCUUUCUGCCACAAGAACUGGGUAUUGCAUAGGGAUAUGAAACCAAACAAUCUAUUAAUAGGACCUGGUGGACAGUUAAAAUUGGCAGAUUUUGGCUUAGCCCGUUUAUAUGGCAGUCCAGAUCGUAGAUUCACUCACCAGGUCUUUGCUCGAUGGUAUAGGGCACCUGAGCUACUGUUUGGUGCCAAGGCUUAUGGUCCGGCAGUUGAUGUAUGGGCUGCAGGUUGUAUAUUUGCUGAACUCCUCCUACGACGGCCUUUUCUACAGGGUAACAGUGAUAUGGAUCAGUUGGGAAAGAUUUUUGCUGCUUUUGGGACUCCAAAGUCCUCUCAGUGGCCUGAUAUGCAAUAUCUUCCAGAUUAUGUUGAAUAUCAAUAUGUCCCUGGACAGUCUCUAAGACAGUUGUUUCCUAUGGCUAGUGAUGAUGCAUUGGAUCUAUUGUCAAAGAUGUUUAUGUAUGAUCCAAAAUUGCGGAUCACUUCCCAGCAGGCUUUGGAGCACAGGUACUUUUCAUCUGGACCUCCACCGACAGAACCAGUUUUACUCCCAAGGCCACCUCCCAAAAGGGAAUCCCAGAACUCUACGGUUUCAGACUAUAAUCAAUCUGAUGGUCCUACUGUUCUGUCUCCUCCAAGAAAAUCGAGGAGAGUUAUGCCACAACGUGUGGCACAUGAAGAAAAUGUGCACCAAUCUGAUGAAGCAGGUGAGUAUACAGGUGAGAGGACUGAACUUCUACCAACGUCGGUAGAUUUUUCUAUAUUUGGAUCAGGACCACCUAAUAGACCAACAAUCACCAGUGCGGUUAGAUCACAUCUGAAUAGAAAGUUAGAUCUGGAAUUUCAACUGCCAGAAGAAGAAUAACCCACCCAGAUUCUACUAAGUUUCCAUCAACAUAUCUUUAUUCUCAGGCAAUGUGUGAAUAGAAGAAAUAAAACCUUUCUAUUUUUUUUUCUUCCCAUAUUUCUUUUACAAGAAAACUAAGCCUUAUUUUAUUUUAUUAAUUAAUGCAGACUUCUUUGUCAUUCUAAUCAGAGCAAUUGCUGGUUUCCAAAUUCUUAAUCAUGAAACCCUAUGUGUUUCCACUCUUGCAAAAUGGCUAACAAUGACAAUCUAUGGAAUUGAUUGAUUGUCUCAAUUGAUUUUAUUUUUUAUUUUUGCUUUAUUGUUUGUUAAUUGAGCUAAGAAGAUGAUUGUAAUUGCAGUAAACAUUAUACACUGAUUGAGAAAUAUGCUUUGAGAAACUUUGGCUUUUCUGUUCAA